AUGGUUGCAGUAGUAGAGUGCUUGAGAGCAGAUGCUGACAGAGCAGCAGAUGAGGGACUCUUCACGCUUCCAGAAGCAUGCUGUCCAGCUUUACUGGUCCUCUUAGUGGUAGAUGUUUGCACAAGUGCACAUGAAGAGAGUAUUGUCUUCAUCACUAUUCUUAUACUUACAAGAAUAAUAAAUAAUCUGAAUAUUCUCAUACUGAUGCAGAUCGUGAGAACUUUGGUUCAUUUUUUCUUCUUCAUAAUGGACAACCUCAAAAGCAAGACAACUGAGCUAGUGGCAGCUCUGACCAGGAGGGUUGGAGAGAUCAUAGGCAAUUCAACUGAACUAGGUGUCCUUCAAGAUGAAUAUGAAAUCACCCGGGCCACCCUGACAAUUGCGCAUGCCAUGGUCAACCCCAUCAAUAUUGAUUGGGAUGUGGACCGGUAUGCUGAGAAGGUCAAAUUGUCACCACCAAAUCUGGACGGGUUGCCAUCUGCUGAAACAGAUAGACUGAAGAAGUUCUUCCCUGAAGAGCAUGUCAACCAUAUCACUGUUGGCUUGAGGGAUACUCUUCUCAAAUCCCUUACAAAUAAGAACACUUGGAGGGAUGAGGGCUAUAUGGUCCCAGAUGGUGGGGGGGAGUUUGGGGCUGGUAGAAUAACAGUGGUUCCUGCAUACUUCAUGCAAAGACAAGAGCGACUAAUGGAUCUGUUGGUGACAUCGGAGUCUUAUAAAUCGAAGAAGGUCCAACAAUGGAUGGCAGCUUUGACAAUAUCAGAAGUUCUAUGGAAUGCCAUAACUGCUAUGGUGGCGCCAGAUCUUUUCUAA